UUUUAAUAGUUUUAUACACGAAUUUGAUAUUACAAAAAGUUUACUAAAUGAUAAUAAGUUUUAAAUUUUUAUUCUAAUAAUUGAUAUAUUAUGUGGUAAUAAAUAAUAAUUGAUAUUAAGACGUAUUCUUGAUCUAUUCGCAUGAGGUGUCCAUGUUUUAUGAUAAAAAUAAUUGUUCGGUCGAAGGAGCAAUAACAAUUAACGAGCUAAAUCUAAAUUAUAUACUAUAAUGUAAUAUUUUUAUAUUCAUUUUAACCUUUGAUCUAAUAUACUUAUAUAUACUAUAUCAACUACAAUAUCUUUUCAUGAAUUACAACUGACAAGUCAUAGAAGCUUGUACACACUACACACUUACACACUACACACUAUCAAAAAAAUAGUCAUUACACCGCCUAAGGUUUUUGUACUUAGUAGUCGUGUAUAAAAGUAUUUGACUUAUAAAGAUACCUAUAGACUAUACUAACUCAUUGUGAUGGAUAAUUUAUCACCUGUGAUUGUAAAUGCUGGCCUAGAAGCAUUGACAAGAUUUUUUGGUGAUUUGGAAUUUGAGUUAACACAGGUACCAAGUGCUUUGAUACAUGGAUCUAUUGUUGGUGUAUGUUCUCUUCUUGGAGGACUUGUCGGUGGGAGGUUUGGAAUUGUAGUUGGAGGAGGCAUUGGACACCAGAUUAACAAUUUCUUACUACCAAGUAUUAGAAAUGUUGGAAACAUGUUACGAGAAUUACAUACAGAGCAACUUCAAAAUUUGUUUGAUUUACUGAUAAGUAGAAUUCAAAACAUAGUUUCUACAAUAUUGGAUCAAAUAGUAAAUCAAAACCAAUCCCUGACAGACCUUCUUGAAAGAUUUGGAAAUAAUUCUGAAGUUCGGAUGGUCAUAAUUCAAACUCUUAUAAAUUUCUUCAGUGGUAUUCAUGGUGGCAAUAUGCGUCUAGUUAAUCCAUGAUAAUUUUUAUUUUUAUUAGUUUUUUCCUCAGGUUAUUUUUUUACUCAUUUACAUGUUUAUUUUAAUCAAUU